AUGGCGGACACAUCACUGAUCGAAGUGGCGCGUCAGACACACGAAGAAGCUGAGCGAUACCAGCAGGCCCUCGUCGACCUCCUCUUGUCUUCUUCCUCCUCGGGCCUCACACACAAGGACAAGCUCAAACGCGCUCACAAGGCGUCUGACCUGCUCGACCGCGUUGCCUCUCGCUACCAGUACCUCGACCGCUUCUAUGCAGAUCAGCAUGGAGAUCGCCAGCGCGAGCUUGAGGCGCUCUCUUCCACUCGCGGUGAUGAUGCUUUUGGCGAGUUCUAUGAUCGACUAGGACGCAUCCGCGAGUAUCAUGACCGCUAUCCUGGCGCAUUGCCCGACAACUUCUCGAUCGACUUCACAGCGCUCGAGACUGGAACUAGCUCGUCAGCUGCCCCAUCAGACCAGGCAGCAACCUCGGCAUCAGCAACAGCGGGAUACUUGGAUGCAUCAGGCCUCGACUUCAUCGACCGCAUGUUCUCUGGCGAAGAGAUGGCUGGUCGAUUCCUAGACCUCUACCUUCACCACGAAGCUCAUCUCAACCUGAAGGGCGCCAAGCGCAUCUCGUACCUGUCCUACAUCGAUGACUUUGACAAGCUCGCAGGACCAUCCUCGCUCAUUCCGAACCACACCAAAAAGACGGACGCAUACCGCGCGUAUCUGCUGGAUCUGAGGAAGUACCUCGACAGCUUCCUGAGGAAGACGCAGCCGCUGGCGAACGUCGAUGAGAUCUCGGCAAAGGCGACGAGCGAGUUCGAUGAAGCUUGGGAGCAAGGUCAGGUGCAAGGAUGGGAGGAGCAAGGUACUGGAGUGUUUGGUGGCGCGCAGGGGAAGGGCAAAGCAGCACAGGCAUCGACGCAAGGGGAAGGCGAAGGGAUCUGGUGUCCAGCAUGCCGCAGAUUCUACUCGAAGCAGACGGUCUACGAUGCGCAUCUCAAGUCGCCCAAGCAUCUCAAGGCAGCUGCUCGGCUAGCACAGUCCGAGGCGAACGGCGGCGAGACGUCUACGCCCUCCAGCAGCAACAACAACCAGAACGAGGCGGAGCGCAUCAAGGCUCGUGUUCGCUCCAAAGCCAUUGCGCGAGAGGAGGCUAUCAUCCGCGCGCUCGCCUCCGACUUACCCACCAUUCGGGCCGAUACAAAGUCCAACGUGGAGCGCAAGGCCGCGCUGACCGAUCGCGAGAGGCAAGCGGAAGCCGAGGCUGCCGAAAACGAGCUGAACCGCAUGACCGCUCUCAACCCCACUUCUGGGUUGGACACCGACGAGCCCUCCGCAGACAUGGACGAAGACGACGACGCAACCUCCCGCGUCUACAACCCGCUCAAGCUGCCCAUCGGAUGGGACGGUCGACCGAUCCCCUUCUGGCUCUACAAGCUGCAUGGUCUGCGGAACGAGUUCAAGUGCGAGAUCUGUUCCGACGCCGUCUAUCACGGGAGGAAGAACUUCGAGAAGCACUUUACGGAGUCGCGGCAUGCGUUUGGGAUGAAAGCCCUAGGUCUGCCAAACACGGUCCAGUUCCGGGAUGUGACGAGGAUCGCAGAUGCGCUCGGGUUGGCCGAGAGGUUGCGCAAGCAGAGCAAGGUGGAAGCGAGCGAGGCGGGCGUUGAUGCUCAGGAGGUCGAGGACGAACAUGGCAAUACGUAUACCAAGAAGACGUACGAUCUGCUCAAGAGGCAGGGACUUAUUUGA